UCUACAGCUGUCGCUUGAGGCUCUCAUAAAAUAACAACAUGCGCUCAUCUUACGGCCAAAGCAUGACUACAAUGAGCGACGGCUUGUUUCGUGUAGUUCUCCUACUACUGGUGUUGACGAACAUCACGUCAGCCUCGAAGAUACUGGUGGUGGCUCCAACGGCGUCCAUCAGCCACCAGAAGGCGUUCCACGUUGUAACAAAGGCGUUACUUGAGAGGGGCCAUGAAGUCACCUUAUUCACGGCGGAUCCACUCAAGGUAAACCAUCAGAAUCUAACCCAGGUCGAUCUGUCUUCAUCGUAUAAAAUGAUGAGAGAGUUGGACAUCGUAGGCAUGGCUGACAUGACACCUCUGGACGUAAUCCUUAGCUUACUGGCGAUUCCAUCGCCGGUCAAGUCUCAAUUGAGAGAGCCAGCAGUACAGGAUUUCAUCAGGAGAAACCACACCUUUGACUUGAUGAUCUUCGAGCAUCUGCCUUACCAAGGCUACUACGGACUGCACCACAAGAUUGGUUCGCCACCGCUCGUCGGUUUCGUGACGUUGUCUGCAUACUCACCUGUGUAUUACGCCAUGGGGAAUGCCAUGAAUCCAGCCUACAUCCCUGAAGUCUGGGAGGGCUUCUCUGAUCACAUGAACUUUUGGCAGCGCCUGUACAACACAUACCUUACACUACGUUUCCACUAUGUGUGGUUCUACAAAAUACUUCCGCAGCAGGAGAUGAUUAUGAGAGAACAUUUCGGCGCGGAACCACCUUCUGUUUACGAAACCGAACGCAACUACAGCCUACUCAUAGUCAACAACCACUUUACCACGGAAUAUCCACGGCCUCAUCUACCGAGCGUCAUAGAAGUCACGGGACUCCACGUAUCGACCAAGGUCGAACGAUUACCAGACAACCUACAGAAAUUCAUAGACGGAGCCGAACACGGCGUCAUCUAUGUCAGUCUCGGAUCCAACGUCCGGAGCAACGCACUGCCCCGGGAGAAGUUCCAGGCUUUUCUGGAGGCGUUCAGAGAGCUGCCGCAACGCGUCCUCUGGAAGUGGGAGAACGACACACUGCCUUCACAGCCGGAGAACGUGAUGGUCAGCAAGUGGAUGCCGCAACAAUCCGUGCUGGCUCAUCCAAACGUCCGCCUCUUCAUAAUGCAAGGAGGUCUUCAGAGCAUGAAUGAGGCUACGUACCACGCUGUUCCUCUUGUGGUCAUACCUUUCUUCGCCGACCAGCCGCACAACGCUGCCAAGAUUUCGCAGGCGGAAAUCGGCGUCAGGCUGGACUACCAAGACGUCACUAAGGACAACCUGCUGGCCGCUGUAAGGACCGUUCUGGAUGAACCAAAAUACGCAGAAAACAUGAAGAGACUUUCUGCCGUAUACCGCGAGCACAAGGCGGACUCGCUGGAGCGGGCCGUGUGGUGGAUCGAGUACGUGAUCCGCCACAGAGGGGCCCCACACCUGCGCAGCGCCGCCCUCGACCUGCACUGGUGGCAGCUGCUGCUGCUCGACGUCGUCGCCUUCCUGCUGGCGGUCGCCGUUCUCACACUCUGCCUCGUCUACUUCGUCACGCGGCGGGCAGUUUCCUUCUUCACAGGCAGCAAACAGAAACAGAAGCAGAAAAAACAGUGAUGUUCUCCAGACAGUGUUUAAGCAGUCGCUGUUUCUCAGCCAAGUUUACUACAGUCCUGAACCUUUAAAGACAUUUCUUGGAGAGUGAAAUCAUGAUCUGUGUCAGAUGAUACAUAUCGUGCCACUGAAGCACUACUGUCAAAUUUGUGCCACACAUUUUCGUGACAGCGGUGGUGCCAAUGCAGAUAGCAUUUUGCGGUGGAAACAGAUUCUAGUCUUCGUUGUUUUACACUUCUUGUUGUUUGACUAUCCGUCUAGUUACAAAAAUAAAAAAAAAGGUAACCCCUUUUCAGAUGCCAUUCACAAUUAUUUCUGUUUCGAAACUGUUGGCAUUUCAUAAAUACACAAGAACCACAGUUUAAAUCGUACAUUAAUUGUAAUUUAAAAUUAUCAUACAAGUAAAUUUAUACUACAGCAACAGUAACAUAACAAUAGUUAUGGAAGACGGCUGAAUUAUUAAAAUUUACGUAAGUGUUUACAUAAUAAAUGAACUGAGUAGAGAUAUUGUGUUAUAUCUGUGCCUUACUGUUGGACAAGUAUAUAGAAAGUGAUCUGUAGAGAUAUUGUCUAG